AUGCAACUAAAAAUUCAAAUGAUAGCACAUGCUCAUGCAAUGAUGGCUAUUAUCCAUCUGGUGGCAAAUGCACUCAAUGUCCAACUUCAUGCUCUAAAUGCACAUCUGCUACAGUUUGUACAGCUUGCAAGGCAAAUGCAUCAGUAUCGAAUGGUCUAUGUGUUUGCAAUACUGGCUAUACUCUGAACUCUUCAAACAACUGUAUAG